AUGGACCCCGCGCCGGCGCCACCGCCCCCAUUGGCCGUGCACCUCGUCACCGGCGGCGGGUCCUCGCCGGAGCUCGCCCUCCUACUCCGCUCCCUCGCCGCCGCCCGCGUCGUCGCCCUUGACGCAGAGUGGAAGCCGCGCCGCCGCGGCAGCCCUGCCGCUGCCGCUGCCGCUGCUGCCCCUGCGGCCCUGGGCGACGGCACGACGCUGGCGUCCGAGGCAUCUCCAGCGCCGCCGAAGUUCCCGACGGUGACGCUGCUCCAGGUGGCCUGCCGCUUCGGCGAUGGAGGUGAGGGCGAGCGCAGCGAGGUGUUUGUCGUCGACCUGCUCUCCGUGCCGCUCGCCGACCUGUGGGCGCCGCUGCGAGAGCUGUUUGAGCGGCCUGAGGCGCUGAAGCUGGGGUUCAGGUUUAGGCAGGACCUGGUGUACCUCUCCUCCACCUUCUCGGCCGCCCUCGGGUGCGACUCCGGAUUCGAUAGGGUGGAGCCUUUCUUGGAUGUCACCAACAUUUAUUACUAUCUCAAGGGCCAUGACAGGCAGAAGAAGCUUCCAAAGGAGACCAAGAGUUUGGCAACUAUUUGUGAGGAUUUGCUCAGUGUCUUUUUAUCCAAGGAACUCCAAUGUAGUGAUUGGUCAUGCCGUCCCUUGAGUGAGGGGCAAAUACAAUAUGCUGCAUCGGAUGCCUACUACUUGCUAGACAUAUUUGAUCUGUUUCAAAAAAAGAUCACAAUGGAAGGAAAAUGUUCAUCUACAACAGAACUUACUUUAGACAGGCAUUGCUCACCAGUGGUGAUAGAAUGCUCUUCUUCUGGAUAUGACAUUUGCUCGGGUAGUUGUUUGAUGUCCAUAGUAACCAAGUACAGUGAGAAGAUAGUUUUGACAGAAUGUGAUGCAAAACCACGUACCUCAAGACAAAAAGAAAAACUGAAGAUUCCUGCCAAUGCCAAAUGCAAAGAUAAAGUGGAUUGCAGUAGUGAAUGGCAAGGCCCUGCUCCAUGGGAUCCUUCCAUUGGUGGGGAUGGAUACCCAAAGUUCUUGUGUGAUGUGAUGAUUGAGGGCCUAGCUAAGCACUUGCGAUGUGUUGGAAUAGAUGCUGCAAUUCCAUCUUCAAAGAAACCUGAACCAAGGGAUCUAUUAAAUCAAACAUACAAGGAAGGAAGGAUAUUAUUAACACGGGAUGCCAAGCUCUUGAAAUAUCAAUAUUUAGCAGGUUACCAGGUAUACAGAGUGAAAAGCCUGCUCAAACAUGAUCAACUUGCUGAGGUCAUUAAUACCUUCCAAUUAAAGAUCUCUGAGGACCAACUUAUGUCUAGGUGCACAAAAUGCAAUGGUAGUUUUAUUCAGAAACCACUUACCCUAGAGGAAGCUGUUGAAGCUUCAAAAGGUUUCCAGGUUAUUCCCUCGUGCUUGUUCAACCGAAAUCUGGAGUUCUGGAAGUGUACCGAUUGCAAUCAACUCUAUUGGGAGGGAACUCAGUACCACAAUGCAGUUCAAAAGUUCUUGUCAGUGUGCAACAUUAGUGACUAA